UACGCUACCGAACAAAAAAAGGCGGUGCGUGGGAAAUUCAUUCGGCGCUGCUCCAUUGCUCGGCAGUUUGCUCGCUCGCUCGCUGCUGCGGCGCAGUGUGCUGGUGGUGCUCGAAUCGAGGAGAAGAGGAGGCAGAUCCGGCGGGGAGGCGGGGCGUGGAUUGUGCUUGCAGCUUGCGGGAAGGUUGGUGGGAGGUUGGCGGGGAUGGAGCGGAAGGCGAUGGUGGUGUGCGCGCUGGUCGGCUUCCUCGGCGUCCUCUCCGCCGCGCUAGGGUUCGCCGCCGAGGGCACCCGCGUCAAGGUUUCAGAUGUGCAAACUGACUCUUCUCCUGGUGAAUGCAUAUACCCAAGAAGCCCGGCGUUAGGCCUUGGGUUGAUGUCUGCUGUCGCCCUUAUGGUUGCGCAAGCUAUUAUAAACACAGUUGCUGGUUGCAUCUGUUGUAAGAGGCAUCCGGUCCCCUCAGACACUAACUGGAGUGUAGCUCUGAUCUCAUUCAUCGUAUCUUGGGUCACUUUCAUAAUCGCGUUCCUUCUCCUGCUGACCGGAGCUGCACUGAACGACCAAAGGGGUCAGGAGAACAUGUACUUCGGCAGCUUCUGCUACGUCGUCAAGCCAGGGGUCUUCUCCGGAGGAGCGGUGCUCUCCCUCGCCAGCGUGGCUCUGGCCAUAGUCUACUACGUGGCUCUGACAUCAUCAAAAGGCCCACCAAGCUGGGGGCCGCAGCAGAACCAGGGCAUCGCCAUGGGCCAGCCCGUGAUCCCGCAGCAGAGCAGCGAGCCGGUGUUCGUUCAUGAGGACACCUACAACCGGCAGCAAUUCCCAUGAGUGAUCGCGGUCAUAUCUAAGCAUCCGUUUCGAGGGCCGCCCAUGAGGAUACUUGCCAUCGGCAGCAGUUCCUGCGAUCACAGUCGUACCUAAGCCCGUAUGAACGCUAUAUGUUGGCUGAGUUUGGUUUGUAUAGACCUGCAGGUUAGAACGAUAGCAGUUUGGUUGCUAUUAUUAUUUAGCUAGGUUCAGUCUUUCUUUUUCUUUGUUUGACAUUCGAGAAGGGUGGCGACUUGCCUGUUUCAUCAGUAUUUUAGAUGUUUGAAUUCAAAUGAACUGGGUAAUGUUGAGGUUGA